AUGGAGUGUCCUCCGUCCCCAAAGGUUAAGCUACCCACGAUAGAACCCUUUGACGGAACUACCGAUCCAGACGAUCACCUAUCGGCAUACAAGUAUCAAAUGUAUGUUCAGGUAGUCGAUGAUUCUACUUGGUGUAAGAAUUUUUCAGCUACUUUGAAGGGGCUAGUGCAAAAGUGGUUCAAUAAUCUUCCUCCUAACUCAGUGAAUAAUUUCACAAAGCUUAGUAUUCUGUUCACUAGCCAUUUUGUAGCAAAUCGGCAGGAGCAGAAAGCUAGCAUGUAUUUGGGGAAGGUCAUCCAAGGACCAAAGGAGGCUUUAAGAAGUUUUGUUAAGAGAUGUAAUCUAGAGGCAUUGCAGAUUCAGGAUCUGAAUGCAGGAGUGGCCUUUGACGCCUUCAGCAGGGGUCUGAGGCCAGGAAGUUUCAAAUUUGAUAUGGUAAAGAAAAAGAUCACCACUCUUACUAAAGCCCUCCGGGAGGCUGAAGUAUUCAUUCACGCGACAGAAGUAUGUGCAGAGGCAAAACAUCCAGAAACAAAAAAGAUUGAAGAAGCAGUUCAGCCAAAAAAGAAUAAUCCCAAGAAAGCUGAAACUUGGGCAUUGACCUCAAUGACGACCUCAUCCAGAAGAAGUAAAAGAAGUGAACCAGCAGCGUCGAUGGAACCUAUAGAAUUCAGUAAAGAUCAAUACUCCAUUCUUAUGGAGAUAAAAGAUCAGCAUGAAUUAAAGACGCGAGCUGAAAUGAAAACUCCCUAUCGGAACAGAGACAAGUGCAAAUAUUGUCACUUCCAUAAAGAUUGUGGCCAUGAAAUAAAUGAAUACAAGCAUCUGAAGAGAGCCCUGGAAGACAUGGCUCGCAAAGGGAAGAUGAAUUCAUACCUACCCCAAGGGGGAAUAAGAAAGUUUCAAAAAAGGGAUGACCGUUAG